AGAAGCGGUGAUGUGAGAUAUCAAAUUAUAAGAGCUUGUUUGCGCAGGCGCGCUACGCACCGAAGGCCGCUGCGUCCAGUCCGCCCGAUGCUCCCGCCGAACGAGCGCCAUGUUUGAUUGAAAUUCAAACAUCGAAUGCGAAGUUGACGUUUAAAACUAAAAAACUGUUCCACAUUUAAAUCCGCGCGCGAAUUUUUUUUUGUCGUUCGGAAAUGUCUUUGUUCGAUGUUUUUUAAACUGUGACGAAAAAGUUUGUGAAGUCUUCAAGUGUUUGUGACUUUAAAGUUAGUUUCAUGUUAAACUUAAAAAUAUAUAAUAAAUCAAUUUAAAUCGUAAAAAGUAGGACACUAGUUUGUAUCCAGGAUUGUCUUGUAGGUAAAUGGAUCAAUUCAUCAUAUAAAUAUAAAAUAAUAAUCAUUUAAGUAUUUACUUAAUCAAAUUACAUAGUAACAGAGAAUAUUGAAAAUACAGACUAAACGAAAAGUGUAAGUGUACUUUAUCAACUUAAGUGUUAAAUAAACUAGGAAGUGAACCAAAGAUAAUAUAGAAUACCAAUUGAACAAUAUUAAAACAAACUUUGGAAGGAACAAAGUGUCAAAAACAUGUUAGCACGUGAUAAAUGACGAUUUGAAACAGAAUUAAUGUGAGGAACAGUUGUGUGCGUACUGUAAUUAUGUGAAAAAGUGGCAGUGAUGUGGCUCCCGGCGCUUCUGUGUAUGCUGACUCAACUAGGCCUGUCGGCUGGCGGCAGCGAUACCACGGACCCCGACGCCAUAUUUGCGGUGAACAACGUCACUGCCGCCACAGACACCAUGGUGCAACCGCACUUCGAUAACAGCACCAAGCGCGAGUACACCGCAGCUGUGGGUCAGCCAGCGUAUCUUCAUUGCCGCGUCAAGAACUUGUCUGACAGAUCGGUAUCCUGGAUCCGCAAACGCGAUCUCCACAUACUGACAGUGGGUGUUCACACGUACAGCAGCGACGCGCGGUUCGCGGCGCUUCACACUGACGGCUCGGACGAGUGGUCGCUGCGAGUAGCGCACGCACAGCCGCGCGACUCCGGGGGCUACGAGUGUCAAGUGUCCACCGAGCCUAAGAUCAGUUUAUCGUUCUGGCUUACAGUUGUAGUGUCGAAAGCGGAAAUUCUUUCGGGGCCGGAGUUGUUUGUACGCGCCGGCUCCGAUAUUAAUCUUACUUGCAUAGCAAGACACGCGCCAGAUCCUCCGAGUAUUAACCUGUCUAGUUUCAUCUACUGGUACCGCGGCGCGAACGUGGUGAACUACGCGCAGCGUGGCGGCAUCAGCGUGGAGACGGAGCAGCGAACGCGGACAAGUCGGCUGCUCAUAGCGCGCGCCUCGCCGCGGGACUCGGGGAACUACACCUGCGCGCCUAGUAGCUCUGAUUCCGCAUCAGUAGUAGUGCACGUAGUCAGCGGGGAGCGCCCAGCGGCCAUGCAGAGCAACGCCAUACAGACUACGUCUAACUACGCACUAGUACUACUACUCACACUUAACAUAAGAAAAGAGUUCAUUGACACCAUUCUCCACUCAAUUAUGACUCUAUAUUUCCAAACUAAGUUAAAAUAUACAUCAACUCCCUCAGUCAUAUCCAGAUGACCUGAAAAUGUUAUUGUAUAAAGGCAUAAAAUGCAUGAUAAAAGUUAAUAAAUUGGGGUAAUAAGAAACGAAUUACUAUAGUUACGUAUCUAUCGUCUGAUUUAAUUAGAUAGUAUUGUCACAUGAAUGUUUCAGUUGUAUUUUUAUGUUGUACUGAUCGUUAAAUUGAUAACACAUUUCCUUGAGUUAGUGCAGAUUGAGUAAAUACCUUUAUUGUUUACAAUUUGUAAUGAAUGUUAUCAUGUAAAGAUGAUAAGAAAAACAUAUUAUAAGAAAAAGAUGAUAAGAAAUGUAAACAGACAGCAGUUUGCUUUUACUAGGCGAGCAUUAUGCAAAUCAGUUGAGAAAUUUAACAUUUUAACCUUCUUUAUCCAAUUAUUGUAUUAUUUUUUUUCAGUUACAUUAUAUUUUCGAAUUCACGGUUCAUGCCAAUUUAAGCUUAUUCAAUCUGCACUAAACUUUAACUAUAGUAUAAUACAAUAAAUAGUUAGAAUAUAAGUAAGACUAGUAUAAAAAUUUCUUAAAGAUACAAUAAUGACAAGCAAAAUGGUGUAAAAAUAGCUGUUACUCAUAAGAGCUCUUUCACACUAGCGCAUCCUUAUCGUAGACUUGCGUUGAACGUAACUGUAACGUCGCGAUCACCUAACGCAAGCGUUAUGUUAACAAUAAUAAUGAUGCUGAGUAAUAAAAUACUGCGCAGACGCAGUCGAGACGUCAUGUGCCCCGCAGUCUUUUAAAAUGUGAGAUUCGUAAAUUAUUCGAGUCACUGACUGACUCUAGCGCUAUUUUGUUACGCCGUUUUUAUACGAGUAACUUGAUGUGUAAGGAUCGAAAUCAUCACUAGUGAAUUACAUCAUAGUAUCGUGUUAGACAUAUCUAACCAGAUAUUGUAGAUAAAGCGAGAUAGAUAUACGAGUUAAAAGCUGACACUGUCGAAGUGAUAAAAUCAUUUUUAAGUACUGAAUAGCGCUACAGAUGACAAACACCUCAUCGUUCGUCAGACAUGAUUAUGUCGUGAACAGCUUGCAAGCGAGGUGAUCCGAUGACGAUGCGGAGUUUAUGUAUUGAGUGUGUGUCCAUAUAAAUAACAUUAACCGCACGAGAGGAGUGGUGCUGACAUGCUCUAACGAGUUAUGACCCUAACACCGCCCUUCGCAAAAGUUUAAUACAACAACGUUAGUAUUAAGGAGCUCUAAAAUUGAUUUUUGUAUACCAUCAUCAGUAGUACCUAGUAUGUAAAUAUAAAUAAAGUAAAUUAAAAAAAAAUAGUAAGGUAUAAAUAAAAAUUACAUAACCCAAAGAGCGUAAAGCGUGACAUUUACAAAAGAUGGAAACAAGAUGACCUAUUUGUGGCUCCAAUCCAAUGCUCAUAAGUACGCUCUAAGCCGAGAUCCGUGACCUUUAUCUAGUUGUCCCUAAACUUAUUCUGUAGAGAAAACCAUUCGCCAUACUCUUGGUAUUUCAAACAGUAAAUAUCAUCUCCGCUCAGCUGCAAUACAAAACAAUAUUAUGAAACAUCCAGUAUUUAACUUACUUAAAACCUUGUUUUAGUCUUGAGAUUAUUAUUUAAAAAUAAAAUUAAAGUCAAUUUGCAAUUACUUAAAUGAAAUUGUACUCGAAUAUCUUAUUUACGUUUGUUAAUUUUUUUGACAUGACUUGAAAAUUUUGGAUAUAGCAUUUGUCAAUACAAAUUACAAUUAGUAAUCUAUGGAAAUAUACAUCUACAAAGGUAAAACGAAAUUUAUCCAUUUACAAAGUGGAAUGUAAACAUUUAAAUGUAUCGCAAUUUACGUGAAACAUAUCUUGUUUAGAAUCAAAUUAACAAAGUAAACAUUCCGUUAUCAAUUUAAAUAGUUUUAAACGGGUUUUAAUCAUGAAUGUGAAAUGGUCGUUUUAUUUGCCUCGGUUCAUUGCGAAAUGACUUUUGUGAACACGUAUAAACGUUCAAUAAUAAAUUGUUAUUUAUUUACAAGAAAAAUGCAAACGGUGAACGGGGCAAGCGAUUGAUAUCCAUGAAUCUGUAUUGUGUAAAUAUACACCAAAAUGGUUUUUAUGGAAUUUCGUAUUGACAUUUGGUAGAUUUAUUUUAAACAAACGCCGAUUCUUUUAAUUACUUUUUAUUUACUACGUUGUGUGUUAUAAUACUAGCAGACGCCCGUGACUUUGUCCGUGUGAAACUUGAUGUAAACUUUCAGCUUUAUUCAGCUAUAGAUUAUCAUAUGGCUAUAUCUUCUGGACAUAGGCCUUUCUGGGAACGUCCCACCACACACGAUGGAUCACCUUUCUUGUUUUGUCACUUCCGAUUACCUUUUUAAAGUUUUCAUUAAGCUUGUGAAAAUUGUUAUAGUAGGCCUCACUGUCUUGAACCCAUUUUGCCCUAAGACUUGUUGUCCAAAAAAUAUCUACUGCCACAUCAACUGAAUAAAUCUUUCAAAUACUUUCAAAAUAUUCUUUUUAACAUAAAAAUGGAACCCACUGCAAAUACGUAUUUCACUACGUAAUAAAUAUGAAAAUGAAGUAAACCUAUUAUUUCAAACAAUAAAGAACUUUAAAAAUUGGUUAAUAAAUGACGAAGUUAUGAGGUAAAAAAACAUACGCGUCAAAUUGAGAACGUACUCCUUUUGUUGAAAUCGAUAAAAAUGUAAUUAAAAAAGAAACUAACUCGACAACAUAAUAACACAUCCGUUUUAGAGAAACUUAAAUAUAACUUAACCUCUAUAACACAUAAUAUUACUGUUUACCUAUAAUUUUAAAUUAAAUUAAGAGUUUUAUUCAAUUAUAAUUGAUUGCAGUUAUUUUGUUACAGACUUCCUCACAAGCAAAUUAAUUACAAGUUAUAAUUAUUUAACUUUGCCAACUUUUGAUUAAAUGGUACACACAGAAUAUUAAAAAGGCAAAUUUACUUUGCUCUGAUUUCGAUAGAAAUGAUUUUUUUUAUUUGAAUAGCAAAAAUCAAGCUCAGUAAAAUUUGAUUUAUCACGCAUUGUUUUGUUUUCCAUUUUAGAUAGACACAUUUUUUUAUAAAAUAUACGGAAACAUUAUUUUCAAUAAUAAGAGUAUUCAAUUUUCAAAAUUCAGAGUAUGUACGGAUAAAUACAGCAUAGCAAAAUGGUAAUUUAAUAUUAAUUUUGCACUUAUUUUACACACAUUUGAAAAAAUAUUUAGUAACUCGUAAUAAAAUUUUCAUAUUCCCAGCACAACAAUCAAUUAUUAUUAAUCAUUAUUAAUCAGUAUUAAUCAUUAAUACGGAACAAAACUCUCCUUUUGACAUUAAGAAAGUUAGUAUACAGUCAGCUAGACUGUACAAAAAAAAUCUUGAAUAUUUUGUGAAGCAUAAUUCUCUUUUAUUUUACAUGCAUGCAGUUUCCUAACCAAGUUUUCUUUUACCGCUGCAGUAAUUCAUAUUAUAUUUAUUUGCUUAAAACGUACAUAACUUUUAGAUUUUCAUGGUUUAAGAUGUAUGCCCGUGAUCAAACCCCCAUCUAACCGAACAAAGUUGAACUCCUAAUUCAUUCGACUAUCACUUAUGUUAUUUAUCGCUCUCGUUUGUAAGCCCCACCAUUAGCGUUGUAUGACGUCAUUCAAUCAUUAAACGUUUUAAAAUUUUCAUUCCGCAACGCGUCUGUUUUUAGCGGAUUGAUUCAAUAAUUUCAAUGGCUGAAAAUAGGAAUGAGGAAACCUGCAUACCUGUGAAUUUUCUUAACUCUCUAGGUGUCUGAAGUCUGCCAAUCCACAUUUGGCCUGCUUGGUGGACUAAAGCCUAACCCUUCACAUUCCGAGAGGAGAAUUGUGCUCAACAGUGAACCGAAUAUGGGUCGUUAAUGAUGAAUGAAAAUAGCCACACAAGCUACCAAUACCAAUUUUGUUAUAUAUUAAUAGAGAAACAUACUAGGUGCAUGCAAAAUGAGUCAGAAUCUAUAGCGUAAUUGAUAAGGACAUCAAUAUUGCAUAACUCAUUUGUGACAGUAUUAUUAAUUACCCUGUUGACAGCCUCUAAUGAACAUUUCCAUUCGCUGCAAACUUUGUUCGAGACUUAGAUAGAUGUGCGAAUGUAAAAUACGUGACAUGGUCUCUGAGUUAUAUUAAGUACUCGGUAUUGGUAUUUAUAUGUGUAAAGUAAUAAAUUAUGAAUCUAGCUAACACUACAUUAUUGUUAAUAUUGCGUGGGACAAUUAUAAAAUACUAGCGGACGGAAUUAAAUUUUUCACAAAUCCCACGGGAACCAUGGAUUUUUCCGGGAUGAAAAGUAGCCUUUGUGUUAAUUCAGAGUGAAAUCUAUAUCCAUUCCAAAUGUCAAAUUUCAAUCAAAUCGCUACAGUAGCCGCAGCGUGAAGGAGGAACAAACAUACACACACACACACACACAAAUCUUCGCCUUUAUUACAUUAGUGUGAUACGUUUUGUCUUCUUUCUAUGUUUUAAAGUCAAUGAUGUAAGAAGAAAAAAGAGGUAGAUAUAUACCUAAUAUACAUAAACCACUUUCGAUGUUUACAACUGGCACACAAAAAAUAUUUCAUUGGCGUUGUCAAUGGCGCGAUGACAGGCUGCGACUGAGCUCAGGUUUGCUAAUUAGCAUAGUUUUAACGUGCCAGUUGCGGUGCGCGCAUAACCUAUCGAACCCUUUUUCUCCUAACAUCAUUGAUGAAAAUGGUAAAAGCGACUUUUUAUUUAAUGUAUUUUUGUUUAUAAUAAUAGUUUGAAUUGUAUAAAGAAACAAUAAGGUAAUCGAUUCUUUGCUGUCCUUUCGACAAUAAAGUUCAUGAUGAUAAUAAUUGAAUGUAUAUUUAAUAUUAUUUAAAAUUGGCUUUCAUUUACAAAAAGUUAAUUGCAAUUUGUAACUACUGUUACGAACAGUUAACGAGUAAGAAAAAAAAUAUUAGAGAGCUGAAAAUUCAAUCUAAGUUAGCAUUUACACAUGACUUAUAACUUUUAUUAUUAUAUAGUUCGCCAAAUGUGAAUUUAUCGUUCAUCUUAAGUUCAUAAUACGAUUCCUUUACGCAUAUUUACUUAGUUUGGUGUCUCUGAGUGCUCAUAUGUUGCAGUGUAAGUCAAAGGUUUAUAGCUCAUUACAACAACUCAGCACCACUUUAUGUGGUUAGUAUUCUUUAUAUGGAUUUGUAUAGAUGUAUGCUCACUGUAAAUACCCUUAGCCAGUGAUUAGCUUCUAUUAGGUAUAGUAAAGACUACUAUACCUAAUAGAAGCUAAUCACUGGCUCACCCCUACACUGGUAUUGCAAGCAGCGCACGACUGCACCGGUCUAGCGGCGGUGACAGACUGCCUUUUUGCCCCCCUACCAGUGCAUAUGAGAGAGUGUAUGUGGGUAUCUACUUAUGUAGACACAAGCACUCACUAAAUCAACUUCGAAGCGUCACCGUUUGGCUCGAAAGUGUGGAAGGCACGAGGAAGUGUGGAUCGAGUGCCAAGUGGCUUUAAUGAGCUAAGACCUUGGUUUAAAGAAUAAACGACAAUUAUGUCUCUACAUGAAUUGUACAUACUACCUAAGGAUUAUGAAGCCAUUAUAGUGUUAGUGGCAAAAUUAUAAUCAUCUAACGAAACAAUGAAUCAUUGUCAUUCAUUACAAUAAGAUUAACAUAUUAUUAUAAUUAACUGCAAUUGUAAAUAAGCCUCUGUAAAUUUCAUAUAGAACAGUAUGUAGAUAAUAAAUCUUAAAACAUUUAAAUAAUUAAAAAUAUGUCUAUACACGUCAUUCGAUUGCAUAAAAGUUCCAUAAAAGUUAUAAUAAAUUUAGUUCGAAUUGUAAAUACAUUUUGUAAAUAAAAAUGUUUUACGUGUUA